AUGGCUGAAAUGGGGGAACCUCUGUGGAUCCCAAAUCGUUCUGAUUGUAGUAUCGGGUUCAAGCUGAAUGAGGAUGAGUAUUUUCAGAUUUUCCCCAUAGGAUUUGGACCUCGCCCUGAAAGUCUUUACUGCGAGUCCUCUCGCCACUCCACCACCCUUAAUAUUAGUUCCCAUUCUCUUCUGGAUUUUUUUAUGUGUCAGGCUAAUUGGAAGUGCUUCUUCAGUGCCAUUGUGUCAAAAGCGACAUGUUUGGAAAUCUUGUCGAAUGGAUUGUCUCCCGGAAAUUAUAAUGGUGCAUUGUACUACAGGCAAGUGGGUGAAAAAAAGUGGGUAGUGGUGGACAUUUCUCUUGACAUAUUUCGGGAAUUCCAUCUAGUGAAAUCGAGGAAAAGGCCUUCCGGGUGCAUAAUUGAAGAUAUGCCCAACAGAUUCACAAACGUGACAUGGAUAGAGCACGUUGAAGCACAACACGUGACUGAUGUUCAUCCAAUCUAUAAGACUCUGGUCAGUUCCGGGUUAGCUUUUCGCGCCAAACGUUGGCUUGGUAUUCUCCAGAGCCAAACUGAUCGUCUCUUCAGUGUCAUGUCCAACACCCUGCCCUUUUCCGAUAUCACUGUGGCGAUGAGUACGGAAAGUAAAAGGAGCCUUACUCUGUUGUCUGAGAGGAUGGUAGGGAUGUUUAAUACGGGAGUGAGUGUGGCUAUAGGGAAUGUUUGGAAUAUAAUUCCAUACAGUGGCCCAAAUAAAAUUAGAGUUCUCAAGAUCAGGAACACAGAUAUUCCCGGUCGUCCUGUAGGGGUCAUCCUUGUCGCUACAUAUUCCAAGAAAUGCGCGGUUCGAAACUUCAGGAACCAAGUCAUCAAAUUGAAAGAUUGUAAUGGAAAAAUGCUUCAUGGACAUGAAGAAGUUCAAAAGGAAGCUACCAGUUAUUAUAAGGGUCUUAUUAUAGCAAAACUGAGUAACGAAGGACUCAAUGCCAGACUUGGGGUGUUGCAACAAAUUGUUCUAAGAACAAUCGACAAUGAGGAUGAUGUUAAGUUGAUAGAAAUGGUCAGUCAAGAAGAGAUUAAGAAUGCUCUGUUUAUGAUGAAAGGAGGUAAAAGUCUAGGGCCAAAUGGAUACAAUGCGACUUUCUUCAAGGAAAACUGGGAUAUAAUUUGA